AUGGGAUCAAGUAAUCUUCCAAGGUUCAGGUCUGAUCUCAACUUUACAAAUUCUGAAGAUCGUCUUUUCCUCCGGGAAUCAUUCGAAACUGUAGUCAGUUCCUUGUCACCUACUGCAGAUGACAUCUGUAUAGAAGAGAGAGACAGUGAGCUUCAGGAAGAUGCAUGGAAUGAGAACAAUUUGGAGAAUUAUAAUGAGGAAAACAUAGAACAAUUGCAGAAUAAUAGCCAAGAAAUAGAAUACGAAAACCUUUAUAUAUCUGAUGAGGUAAGGAAUCAAAUCAAUGAAAAGAGUAAAAAGGCUUCAGAAGCCCUAGCUAAAGUUGAACUUCAGAAAGCAAUUGAUCUGUUCUCUGAAGCUAUUGAGUUUAACCCAAAUAUUUCCAGUUCUUACAUCAACCGUGCCAAUGUCUAUUUGCAACUGCAAAAACCAAAUGCUGCUAUUAAAGACUGCAACAUGGCCAUUGAACUGAAUCCCAAAUCAUCAGAAUCAUUAAAAUUGAGAGGAAAAGCAUUCAAGGAAUUAGGCUGUUUAAAAAAAGCAGCCUGUGAUUUUGCUUUAGCUUCUAAGUUAGAAUAUGACAAAGAGGCCGAUUUAGCACUAAAGCAAUUAAAAUCAGGAUUUCAAAGAAUUUCUGAAAGGCAAGCAAAGUGCAUCCUUACAUAUAAGGAAUCUCAGAUACUGGAGAAGAUUAAGAAAGCACAGUUAAUUUUAGAGAAUCAAAAACAAGACCAGACAGAAGAAGGUAUUAGCAUAGAACUGGAGAAUAAAGUAGUAAGGAAUAAAGAAGAAAAAAUGAAGCUAGACCAUAAUAAAGGCUCCCAAGAAAUAAUAGACGAAAAUGUGGAGACAGAUGAGAAAUGGAAGCAGACCAAUGAAAACAAGAAAGCAGCUUUGGAUGCAAUGGAGAAAGGUGAAUAUCAAAAAGCAGCUGAAUUAUUCACCAAAGCCAUCAAACUAAACCCCCAUUUUACUAACUUGUAUGUUUGCCGAGCCAGUGCUUUUCUGAAACUUCAUAUGCCAAUUGCUGCUGUAAAGGAUUGUAACAGUGCCAUAAAAUUAAAUCCUAACAUGGCCUUACCAUACAAGUACCGUGGAGAGGCAUUUUGCAUGUUGGGUUAUUGGCAGGAGGCUACUAAAGAUUUCUCUGUGUCCUGUCAACUAGAUUAUGAUGAAGGUACUUAUGCCAAGAUGAAAGAAAUACAAACAAAAGAUGAGAAAAUUAUGAAAUGGUGGGAAAAGCCAGAGGAAAGUAACCAGGGAGAAUUUAAAGAGAAGAUGAGCAAAAUGAAAGAAGCUUCUGGGAAAAUACAAGGAAAUAGUCCCCAAGAGAAAUCGGUUAUUCAUGAGUCUUGCAGACAAGAACUGGACCCAAGAACAUUUCACAUUUCUGAGGAAAAGACAAUUCUGCAUAAUUCCCAAAACUAUAAAUUAUUCCCUCUUUAUUGUUCAGAAAAUCAAAAUGAAAAUUAUCCCAUGUCUGCAGUACAAGAACAAGAUCAGUUUAUGGAUUAUGAAAAACAAGAGCACAUUGAAUUGCAUGAAAGAAGAGCUCAGAAAGGACAUAAGAGGAAGCAAAAAUAUGAAACUGAAUCAGAAAGUGAAGACAGUGAAUUGGAAAUUGAUACAGAAGAGGUUAUUGAGUCAGAUGAAGAUCUUCCUCAGGAGAUGGGAAAUGAAAACUUGAAAGUAACUGAUGAAAUGCGAAAACUAGCUAAUGAAAAGAAGAGGGAAGCUUUUGAUGCAGUCAAUAAAGGAGAACUUUUUAAAGCUUUAGAUUUGUUCACAGAAGCUAUUAAGCUCAAUCCACAUCUUACUAUCUUAUAUGCAAACCGAGCCAGGGUCUAUUUGAAGCUACAAAAACCAACUGCUGCAAUUAGGGACUGUGAUAAAGCCAUACAAAUAAAUCCUGACUCAGCCCAGCCUUACAAGUGGCGAGGAAAAGCACUGCAAAUACUUGGUUACUGGCAAAAGGCAGCUAAAGACCUUGCUUUGGCUUGUCAAUUAGAUUACGAUGAAGAAUCCUAUGCUUUGCUAAAAGAGGUACAACCAAAGGCCCAGAAAAUCGCCAGGCUCAGGAGAAAGCAGGAAGAGAAAGUUGAUGAAAAGAAGAAUAAGGCUCCUUUGAGUGAACUUCAAGAAACCUAUAAGAAGCAAGAAAGAUCUCAAAUGACAUCUGCAGAACUAGGAAGAAAUGACAAUGACAUUGUGGAGGAAUGGAGAGAAAAUUGGGGGGGAAACAUCAAAGAACAACAAAGAGCAAGGCAAAUAGUUCUGACAAAACAGAAGAGUAUGGCCCAAGACAAUAAAGGGAGAUGCUUUCAGGAAAGCAUAAUGAAACAAGAUAACUAUUUUGAGAAAGAGGAAGAAGAAAUAGAAGAAGAGGAAGAAGAGGAACAACAACAAGAAGAAAAAUUCCAAGAUAAUUUACUGAAAGAACAAGUGAACCUUAAACAGAAAGAAAUGAAACUCCAAGUCCAUCAAAAUGAGUUGGAGGAACAACUAAAAGCUCUUCAACAUGAAUUGGAUGAAAAGCUCAGAAGUUAUCAAGAAGAAAUUGAUGAAGAAGAAAGUACUUUGCAGAGUUUAUUAGAUGAGCAGGAAAAAUCACAGCAAAAGGCACUCUGUGAACAAGAACAAGCUUUUAAAAUAAUCCUGGAAGAACAAGAAAAAAUACAGAAGGCAACCUUGAGGGAACUGUCCAGAGCUCAACAACAGGCUUUAGAUGAGCUUGAAAAAGCCACAAAGAAAGCCCUGGAAGAACAAGAGAGAGUUCAGCAGCAAGCUCUUGAAGAACAGGAAAGAGCACAGGAGGCCCUGGAUGCUCUGGAAAGAGCACAUAAAAAGGCUCUGGAGGAACAAAAAAAAGUCCUUAUAGCUGCAAUGGAAGAACAGGAAUAUGCUCAAAGAAAGUCACAGGAACAAAAAAGGAUGGCUGAGGCAGCUUUAGAAAAACUUGCAGAAGCUCAAAGAAAGGUUCAAAAACAGCAGGAAAGAGCUGAGAGGCAAGCAAAAGAAGAAAGUGAGAAAGCACAAAGAGCUUUAGAAGAAUUAGAGAUUGCUCAGAAAAAGGCUUUGGAAGAUCAAGAAAAAGCUCAGAAAACUCUGGAAGCUGUAGAAAGAGCCCACAAACAGGUUUUAGAGGAACAAAGAAAGAUUCAAAUGGCUGCUGUGGAAGAACAACAGCAAGCAAAAGAAAAUUACCUAGAAGAAAAAAAGAUGGCUGAAGUCACCAUGAAACGACUUUUAAAGAUGCAAAAAGAAUUUCAGGAAGGACAGGAAAGUUCAGAAAAGAAAGCAGUAAAAGAGAGAGAGAGAAGUCAGAAAGCCAUAGAAGAAUUGGAUAUUGCUAAAAAAGUAGCCUUAGAAGAACAAGCAAGAGCUCAAAAAGCUCUAGAAGCUUUACAAAAAUCUCAUAUGUGGGCAUUAGGCCAACAGAAGAAAGGACAGGAAAAUAUUCUAAAAGAAAAAAGGAAGAUGGCUGAGGUAGCCCUGGAAGAACUUUUCAGGACUCAAAAAAAGAUCCAAGAAGAGCGAGAAGAUGCUGGAAAAAAAACCAUGAAAGAAAGAGAGAGCAUACAAAAGGCCCUCAAUGAAUUGGAAAUUGCUAAAAAGAAAUCACUGGAAGAACAGGAAAAAGCUCAGAAAGCUUUGGAAGAUGUAGAAAGAGCUCAUAAAAAAGCACUGGAGGAACAGAAGAAAGCUCAGAUGGCUGCCAUAGAAGAACAAGAAAAACUGAGGAAAAGGUCUGAAGAAGAAAAGAAGAUGGCUGAAGCUGCCCUAGAAGAAGUUUUCAAAAGUCAAAGGAAGUUUCAAGAAGAACAGCAAAAAGCUGAAAAAAAGGCAAUGGAAGAGAGAGAGAAAGCUCAGAAGAACUUAGAAGAAUUACAAACUAUUAAAAAAAAAGCCCUUGAGGAACAGAAACAAGCUCAGGAGUCUCUGAAAGAAGUAGAAAUAGCUCAUCAACAGGCUAUGGAGGAGCAGAAGAAGGCUCAUCUGGCAGCCAUGGAAGAACAGGAGCAAGGAUGCAAAAAAAUGCAAGAAGAAAAGGAAAGGAUGGAGGCAGCUCUGGAAGAGCUUUUAAGGACACAGCAGCACUUCCAAAAAGAGCAGGAAAUGGCUGAAGAGAAAGCAAUACAAGAAAAAAAGAUAGCUCAAAAGACCCUCAGAGAGUUAGAGAUUGCUCAAAAACAAGCUCUUGAAGAACAAAUAAGAGUUCAGAGAGCUUUGGAAAAUGUAGAAAAAGCUCAUCAACAGUCACUAGAAGAUCAGAAGAAAGCUCAGAUGGUUGCCAUUGAAGAAUAUGAUCAGGCACGGAAAAAUGCUGAAGAAGAAAAGAAGAGAGCUGAGGCAGCUUUAGAAAAACUUGCACAAGCUGAGAUAAAAAUGCAAGAGGAACAAAAAGAAGCUGAGAAGAAUGCAAUGGAAGAAAGAGAUAAACAGGAAAAGGCUGAGAAAAAAGCCCUAAAAGAAAAAGAGAGAGCAGAAAAGGCUCUCAAAGAGUUAGAAAUUGCUCAGAAGAAGGUCUUAGAGGAACAGAAGAAAACUCAGAUUGAACAGAAGAAAGCCAUCGAGGAACAGACAAAAGCUCAAAAAGCUCUGGAAGCUCUUGAAAAAGCUAAGAAAAAAAGCCUGGAAGAUCAGAUGAAAGCUAAAAUGGUUGCCCUCGAUGAACAGGACCAAGCACGGAAGAAAUCUCAAGAAGAUAAAAUGAUGGCCGAAGCUGCUUUGGAAAAUGUUUUAAGAGCUCAAAAAAAACUUCAAGAAGAGCAGGAAAAUGCUGGAAAAAAAAUUAUGGAAGAAAAAGAGAAUAUACAGAAGGGUCUCAAAGAAUUAGCAAUUGCUCAAAAGAAAGCACUCGAGGAACAGGAAAAAGCUCAGAGUGCUCUAGCAGCUAUAGAAAGAUGUCAUAAAAUGGCCCUGGAAGAUCAAAGAAGAACUCAGAUAGCAAUAAUAGAAGAACAAGAACAAAUACGGAAAAAAAUUCAGGAAGAAAAGAAGAUAGCUGAAGUGACCUUGGAUGAACUUCUAAAAACUCAGAUGAGGUUCCAAGAAGAGAAGAAAGCGGUUGAGAAAAAAAUAAUGGAAGAAAGAGAAAUAACUCAAAUUGCCCUAGCAGAGAUAAAAAUAGCUCAGAAAAUAGCUCAGGAGGAACAGGAAAGGGCUCAGAAAGUAUGGGAGGCUGCAGAAAGAGCCCAUAAAUGUGCUCUGAAUGAACAGAAUAAAGCUCAGUUAGCUAUUCAAGUACAAGAGCAAGCAUGGAAAAAAUCACAAGAAGAAAAGGAAAUGGCUGAGGAAAGACUACAAGAACUCCUAAGGACCCAGAAAACUUUCCAAGAGGAACAGGAGAAAGCAGAAAAGACAGCCAUAGAAGAAAGAGAGAGACUUCAAAGAAAUAUUCAGAAAUUAGAGGAAGUCCAGAAGAGAGCUCAGGAGGAACAGGAGAAGGCCCAGAGUUCUCAGCAGGCUCUAGAAAUUGCCCAUAAACAGGUAGAGGAACAGAAGAAGGCUCAUUUGGCUGUCAUGGUGGAACAGGAACAAGCACAGAAAAAAUCUCAGGAAGAAAAAAAAAUGGCUGAAGCAGCCCUAGAAAAUCUCUUGAAACAAGUACAAAAGGAACAAGAAACAGCUGAAAGAAAGGCAACAGAAGAAAGAGAAAAAGCUAAGACAUUGCUAAAAGAAUUAGACAUUGCUCAGAAGAAGGCCUUAGAAAAUAUAUUGACAGCUAAAAAGGAGAGUCUGGAAGAACAGAAAAGAGCUCAAAAUGCAUUGGAUAGUCUGGAAAGAACUCAUAAGCAGGCAUUAGAGGAACAAAAAAUUGCUCAAAGGAAAUCUCAGGAAGAAAGAAAGAUGGCCGAGGCUGCUUUGGAAGAAUUAUCAAGAGCUCAGAAAAAGAUCCAGGAAGAGCAGCAUUCAGCAGAACAGAAAGCAAUUAAAGAGAGAGAGAGAGCACAGAAAGAGUUAGAAGAAUUAGAGAAUACCCGGAAGAAGGCCCUGAAAGAACAGGAGAAAGCUCAAAGAACUCGGGAUGUUCUUGAAAGAGCUCAUAAGCAGGCACUGGAAGAACAGAAGAAAAAAGAAGAAAAAGUACAAAAAAAAUCUCAAGAAGAAAAGCAUUUGGCUGAAGCUGCCCUGGAAGAACUUAUAAGAACUCAGAGAAAAUUUCAAGAAGAACAAGAGAGGGCUGAAAGAAAAGCCAAGGAAGAAAGAGCAAAUGUGCAGAAGUCUCUAGAAGAAUUACAGGUUGCUCAAAAGAAAGCUCUAGAGGACUUGGCAAUAGCUCAAAAGUUGGCCAUGGAGGAAAAUGAAAGAACACAGCAGAGGGCAUUAGAAGAAAAAAGGACAAUACAUCUGGUUAUGAAAAAGCUGGAGAUAGCACAUGCUAAAGCUAUAGAGGAACAACAGAUAGCACAGAGGUUGGCCUUUGAAGAACAGCAGAGAACUAAGAAAAUGUUUAUUGAACUAGAAGAAUCACGAAGAAAAGCCCUGGAAGAUCAAGAAGAAGCAAAAAGGAGAGCUAUAUAUGAACAAGUAAGAGCUCAUCAUGCUAUAAAUGAAUUGGCCAAGAUUCAAAGGGAAGUUUUGGAAGAACAAGAGCGAGUUCAGAAAAUAGCUUUAGCAGAACAGCACAAGGCUGAGAUGAUGCUUAAGGAGCUGGAAGAAAGACAGAGAAAAGACCUGAAUGAUCAGCAGAGAACAUGGAUGAAAGACUUUGAUGAUCAAAACAAAGCUCAUUUUACUUUAGGGGAAUUUGCAAAGACUCAAAUUGUGGAACAGAAGAAUGUUCCUGAUAUUACAGCAGAUGAGCAGAAGGAAGGUCAUAAAGCUAGCGAUCUGGACAAAGCACAGAAUCAAAUAUUGGAAAUAACACAUAAUAAAUAUGCAGCACAAUUUUCAGAGUCUGUUCUAAAAACAAUGAAUGAAGAGGGUGCUGCAGUAUAUGGCGGUGAAUUUGAGGAAGCACAAAAGAAAGACUUGGUCAUAGUUGAUGGUAAAAAGUUCUAUAUGGAGCCAGGAAAAGUUCUUAGGGAUUUAGACAAGAAGGAAUACCAGCAAUCCCUUAGGAACAGAGGAAAUGACAAGAAUUCUCGAAGGCCACUCUCCAACUCUACCUUGGACUUUUUCCCAAACUGA